CCGGCCGCCAUGUUGCGGCGGCGGCGGGAACGGGAGCGCCGGGAUUGCGGGAUCGCGGGGCGCUCGGAGCAUGCGGGGCGCACGGAGCGGGCAGGGCGCGGAGCGGCGUCCCGCGGGCGCUCACCCCGCGCAGUGGGUGCUCAUUGCCCCAGAGGCUGCUCUUGACCCCCCUAAGACACCUGACAGCGAACCCUUGUUUACAAAACUGCGCAACCCAAGCACAGGGGAAGCAACCCUUUACUUAUUCAAUAGUGGUGCACAGCAGCUGUUUGAAGUAAAAGCUUUUCACGAGGAACGUCGUUCCUGGUUUAUAGGUCAGACUGUUCAACAGGAUGGGCGCCUGCUGUUUGUUACACCAAUGGACCCCUUAUUUCUGAUACUUUACUACCUCAUAAAGGCAGACAAAGAGCAGCAAGGAAAGUUCCAGCCACUUGAUCAAGUUGUGCUAGACUCAGAAUACCCUAGCUGCCCAUUGCUGCUGAAGUGUGCAGAUGUUAAACAGUACAUACAGCACAUAACAGAAGAAAAAGAGAUUGGCAGUCAGAAAUUCCACAAAUACAGCCAAGAGAAGACACUGAAGUGGUUAAAGAAAAAGGUUAAUCAAACAGUGAAAGCACUUAAAAGCAACAAUAUAUCAGUAGGUGAAAGGGUGAUUGCAAGUACAUUUAUCAACAAUAAACAGAUCACAGAUGCUCAGGAAGACUAUGUGCGGUAUGCCCAUGGGUUAGUAUCAGAGUAUAUUCCUGAAGAUCUGAGUAAGGAGUUGUUAAAAUACUUAGGGCUCCCAGAACUUAGAAGCCCAGCACCAGAGCCACCACUGAAGAUGCCUGAGAAAAGACGUGCAAAGAAGAAAUGAAAGGAGCAUAAGGAGAUUUUCUUACAUUAUUUUAACUUGCCAUAAUCACAAAGCUGCUUUUGACAGUUUUUUUUACACACUUUCUGAAAAAUAAAUGUUUGACAUCGGACAUGCCCUGUUCCAAGAAAGAGCAAAUCUCAGCAGAUUAGCAUUGUUAAAUAUGCAGUGUGUUAAACAUACUCUGCUUCAAAUUUUAUAGCUUACACACGAUUGGUCUAUCGGGCCCUUCCAGGAAAGCACUUACGAGCAUGCCUAAAGUUAAGCACAUGAGCAGUGAUCUUAAAGUCGGCCGUGUUGUUCGUGUGGGUAAGUGCUUUGCUGGAUCGGUGCCUGCAGCCCUGUUAGGUGCUGAGCAUCCUGAUCCAUAUCCAGCAAAGCACUUACAUCCAUGCUUAUCUUGAAGUGGAAGAGCCAGUCUAAUAUUUGUGCAUUAGUGUUCACCAUAAAAUCUCUCUUGGCACAAUGACUCAUAUGCUUAAUAUUAAGCACCUGCCCAAGUAUUUUGCAAGAUCAGACCAACUACAUCCUUGAGCAAGUCUUAAAAUACUUGAUUUUCUAUGUUUUGUACUCAUUUUUUUAAUAGAAUCUAUGCUUUUAGUUACUGUAAUUACAAGUUUUAGAAGCUGUAUAGCAAAAUAUGUUUGUAUAGCAUGUUUUAUGCAAUUUCUUCUUUCUUUGUCAUAAUCUAUCCAAAUUCAGAAAAGUGGCCUUUUUGGAUGAGAAGUGCAAUGUUCAGUCAUAAAAUCAACCAAAAUGGAAAAAAACCCAAUAUUGACUCUUUUUAGGACAUUACAUUUUUAAAAAUAAUUUCACUGAGUUUGAUUUACAUGAUUUUGUCCAAUGCUGACCUAUUUCACAGAAGGUGUCACCUGGCUGAGGUUGUGUGGACAGUAUGACUCUUAAGUGCUAAAGCUUCAGGUAGAGAAGGGCAGAUGGAGAAGCUGUAUUUUUUAUUUUGCUUCUUUUAUUCUAAGGGAUUGAAGCCUUACAAACAUGUAUUAGAUAACAUGUACAUUUUACAUUUUGUGUUAAGAACUAGACCAAAACCUAUGUAAUUUUUCAGGUUAAAAAAUAAAAAAGACCUAAUUAUCCUUUAUUUAUUAAUGUAAGUGACACUUUCUGUGGAGUGGGCUUCAACCAAAAUGUCAGCCUGUGUCUAUAUAAAACAUGCAGAAAGUGGAUGCUAAUGAGAGCUGGAAUUGAUUUGUGUCAUAUGCAGUCUGAUGUUCUUAACUUAAAUACCUGUAUAUCAAACUACUAUUAAUAUAUAACUCCUUGCUGGAGAACUUUUUAAAGUUAAUAAUUGACAAGAUUUUGAGCAGAAUGAAUGUUUACUUCGGUAAAUUCCAACUGUGACCCCAGUUCACAGAUGCCUAUAGCAAAUGGCCAAAAUGGCUGGUAAAGCUUGAAUGUAUUUGAAGUCUUCUAGGUAAAAUGUAAAGAAAUAUUUUGCAUCAACUCUAGCAAAUUUUGCCUAACUUUGAAUAAAGAAGAGCUCCAAGAAGAGUUUAUUAUGACCUUGCUGAAAACUAAAUUUCAGGAGAGAGGCAAUAGCUUACUUAACUUUUUUUUCAACUAAUUCUGUUCAUCUGUGUUUCAGAAUAUGAAAAACCUGAACUAUUAACUAUUUAGAAAUCAUAUAUGAAAGGAAAUGUAAUCUGAAUGCCUGUUUUAGGAAUAUGCACUGAAUUAUUUUUGUAGUCUGGUGAAGUAAUGUGCACUUUCCCUUUUUAAGGAAAAAGUAUUUAAACAUCAGUUUUAGGAAUAUUAUUAUGAAUUAGGAAUAUUAUUAGGAAUUUUAGGAAUUAUUAUUAGGAAUAUUAGGAAUUUUAGCAAGAUUAUUACAUGGGUCCAAAGUGAAAUUUCUAUUUUUCUAGCUUACAUUAAAAAAUGCUUGCUGUAUGAAUUAAGAUUAUAUAUUUCAGUAUGUGGUUCCAUAUUUUGUAAUAUUUUAUUUUUUAUUAAUGUACAAGAAAGAAAUAAAUGCCUUUGGAAUAA